CCACACUGACAGUCCCAAGGGAAACAGAGGAGAGACAGGGAGAGGGCAGGAUCCACCAGCUCUCACUCAGCAUAUUUCUCCAGGAAGCCCCAGGAGUCCAGAAGAGGAGCUGCCACUUAGGACACUGUCUCCUUUGCAAAGGAUCUAUUAGUACAACAUAUAUUACAUGAACACAUAUGAAUAUUUUCCCUUUCCAGGAAGGAAGGACAGAAGGAGAAAGAGGAAAGAGACUGCGAUCUCCCGAGUGCUAUAGUAAUUUUUCAUGUAAUCAAUACUGUAAAAUAUCCCCAGGUCUUUCUGCUGGAUUGUAACUCAGAGGACAGCUGAUCAGUUGCGGCAUGUGUACUUCACCUGCGGGGAAGCCAGGCACCGGGCAGCAGCCCGUGGCACGGUGAUAACCCUGCUCUGAUGCCAUUUCGGAUGUCCCAGUGAGAACUCUUAGAGAUGCCUAUUCUCUCCAGAGGCAGUGACCAAGACUAUAGUAACGUUAGCUACACUUCUUGUAAUUCCUUGACCCACUUCUUUCCUGUCUCCGUUGAAACCCCUUCUGUCAAAGGGGUCCAUUACCAAAGAGCCAGGAGGAUUUACCAUCCUGAUCAAGUCUCUGCAGUCGAUCUAAAGACAGAGAUCAUGAUAAAUGUUGGAGGCAUCAAGUACCUGCUACCUUGGAGUACUUUAGAUGAAUUUCCCCUGACCAGACUGAGCAAACUUAAGUUUUGCAGCAGCUAUGAAGAAAUAAUUCAGCUGUGUGAUGAUUACGAUGAAGACACCCACGAGUUCUUCUUUGACAGGAACCCCAAUGCUUUUGGGAUGAUUGUCAGCUUUCUAGCAGCAGGGAAGCUGAUGCUCUUAAGAGACAUGUGUGCCUUGUCUUUUCAGGAGGAGCUGAGAUACUGGGGGAUUGAGGAAUCCAACCUGGAGAACUGCUGCUUUCGAAAACUAUUUCAAAAACUGCAGGAGUUGGCCGAGGUACGCAAAGAAGAGGAGCUUCGGAGGAGCAAAGAAGCUACAUGUGUCUUGGAUGAGAAAACCAAAUUUGGACAGUUUAUGAACAGACUCAGAGAUAUGGUAGAAAAUCCUCAGUCAGGACUCCCAGGCAAAGUCUUUGCUUGUCUCUCCAUUCUCUUUGUGGCCACCACAGCUAUAAGCCUUUGUGUUAGCACAAUGCCAGACUUAAGAGCUGAAGAAGACAGGGGCGAGUGUUCCCAGAAGUGCUAUUACAUCUUCGUCAUAGAGACCAUCUGUGUGGCUUGGUUUUCCCUGGAGUUCUGCCUCCGAUUCAUUCAGGCAAGGAGCAAGUGUCAGUUCUUCAAAGGACCCCUAAAUAUAAUUGACUUCGUGGCUAUUUCACCCUAUUACGUUUCCCUCAUCUUCUCAGAAGAUGACUCAAACGAGGAGGAUGACAGGCCAAGCAGCAACACAUAUUUGGAGAAGGUUGGUUUGGUGCUACGGGUUUUACGUGCCUUGAGGAUCUUGUAUGUAAUGCGCCUUGCCCGACACUCCUUGGGCUUGCAGACUUUGGGCCUCACAGUUCGGAGAUGCACACGGGAAUUUGGCCUGCUUUUACUCUUCUUAUGCGUGGCUGUCACUCUGUUUUCUCCUUUGGUCUAUCUUGCCGAGAAUGAAUCUGGGAAGGUGCUUGAAUUUACAAGCAUACCUGCUUCUUACUGGUGGGCUAUCAUUUCAAUGACCACUGUGGGGUAUGGAGAUAUGGUACCACGGAGCGUCCCAGGCCAGAUGGUGGCUCUCAGCAGCAUCCUCAGUGGGAUUCUCAUCAUGUCUUUUCCUGCAACAUCAAUAUUCCACACUUUCUCCCAUUCCUACUCGGAGCUGAGAAAGGAACAUGAACGACUACAGUCUCGGCUAAACAGAGUAAAAAAUGCCAAUCACUCUGGCGAAAGUGACACCUUCAAUGAGACAGACAGCUUGAUCCUGGAGGAUCAAGCAUCACCAAUCAAAUACAUUUACACAGGGAACUAAGCCUCAUUGUAAAGCAUUCCCAAGAACAGGAAUAGAAAUAUACACGUAUAUACGUCAACAUAACACUCAAAGCCAAGCAACAACAUAGGUUAUGACGCUAUUCUUUUCUGCCAGCAUAGGUAUAAUAAGCAGUCAAGCCAACACAGCAAGCUCCAACGCAUAAUGGAACUGGAGGUUUUGAGAAUGUCAAAAGUCAGAGUUUAUUCGAGUUUAUUCAAUAAUAUAUAUUAAUUCUUCUCUAUGACUAAUAAGAAUAAACUUUGUCUCUGCCAGUCAUGUAUCUUGCUGAAUACCUAAUAUUGAACAAGUAACAAACAAAACAGCUUCUUGCUAUUUUAUUUGCCUUUGAGUUCCCAAUGCUCUUGCAAUUAAUAUCUUCAGCCAAGCAUUAGAAUGCAUUCUUUCAGGGCUACGCACCAGUGUUGUUUAUACAAUGCUCAUCUACCAGGCAUACAGAAGAAGCCUCGAUACAAAUCUGAAUUCUGCAUCUAAAGCCACUAAUAAGCUCAAAAUAAAAGCACUGUAUGUGAAAGCUUUCGAAGUUCGCCUGUAGCCAGACAAUCAAUCUAUAAAUAACAAAUUGCACUGCUAUUGUAUAAAAUACAUAGUCUUUGCAAGAGAAUUUGCUUGAAAUGCAGUUGCGGUCUGCAAACUGUAAACAUUUCAUACUAGAUAGCAAAAAUUUUCAAACUUCUUUUUCAUAUACUUAUUUAAAAUAAUAAUGAGGAAUAAAAAAACCCAAGCUUAUUGACCAUACUAAAAAGAGUUGGUGUUAUCUUUUUCACUGAAUGGUGAUGGCUCCUCUGGAAGAAAGAUGAAAAAUUAUUGAAAGUUAGUUAUUGAAAAUGAGAUGAUAGCUCAGGAGUAUCCAAAGGUAUAAAUAGUAAAGAAUGAGGUAAAUGAUUGCCAGAGAGGCAGUGGGAGUAAAUUCCUAAUGCAAAUGGAAGGUGUCCCUUUUGGGAUAUCCAAGUAUAGCCAGAAGAAAGUGAUAGGACUACACAGAAGUCAACAAUGCUACUUCAUGGGAUAGUCUAGAUGAUCUUUUACAAUUUCUUUUACCUUUACCUGUGAAUGCAGUUAGUGAAAACCAACACCAAGACAUGAAGGCCAGCUCUGUGCACACCCCUGUGUGUUGAGGGCCUGCGUCAGCUCACGUCAGGUCCUCAGUUUGUAAGCAGUCCUGCUGGUACCCACAGAACUUUGACACGCUGAACGUUGGGCAUGUAUUUAAGUACUGAGAUGAAUCAAGGGCUAAAUUAUUUUUUAAUCAGAUUUUCAGCUUUCAUUAUUCCAUUUCUUAAAUCUUACCAAGGUCCCCAUGACCUUGUGAUGGAGCAAAGCUCCGUGAAGGGACCAUUCAGUUCCAGUUUUCAGCAGGCACCAUUCUUGCACAGUACGGUGCAGUUUGGAGCCCAGGGGGUACUUUCAGGCGUCAUGACCCGUCUCCCACGUGGACGUACAAACACAGUCUCUUGCAGAGUUAUGCAACUUCAUGCAGGCAUUUGGGAGUUUCGGUUUUUAGAUACUAUCCUCACUGCGCUGCAUAGCUUAUGGACAGAAAAGCACAGUUGUUGGCACAAUUUGGAUCACGUGACUCAAAUUAAUCUCUUGGAUUUAUCUUGCUAUUGACCCUAUGAUUUAAACCAGAGAAACUGUAGCGGAUUAUAGAUGGGAUGUUCCAACAUAACCGGAACAAGUCGACACUAGAUGACAGGCAUUUAUAUUUGUCACAUAAAGGGUGGAAUUUCUGCUGGUUCAUGCAUAGGUCUAUCUGAUUUUUUAUUUUCAUUUUUCGCAAUUAGCAUUUAUUUUUUGCCAGCAAUUCUCUACAGUAGGACUACUUAGAUGGUACACCAGACAAAAUCCAACCCCAAACUCGACCAUGACCCAGACCUCUCCAGGGUCCUACGCAUGGUAAUGCCACCUGCAUUUCACUGGGAGAGUCUGUAUUUCUUUACAGUUAUUCCAGUUUCUUAGGAAAAACAAUUGCACACUGCCACAAUACCCAGCACAGUCCACUUCUGUCCCUCUGGCCUGGCAGAGCCAAAGACAGUGCUUGCUCCCUGCUGACUGAUGCCUGCUAGAACACGUGUCCUGAUGCAGAAAAGCCACAUCUUUUAGAAGAUAUUUCUCCCCACAGACACACACUUUGGAAAUACAAACGAUUAGGUAGUGCAACUGAUUUGCUGCUUCUAAUUAACAGUCUUCUUGCUAGUUCAGGAGUUAGUUGAACAGGGUCCCACAGAAAAUUAGCCCAGUCACAUUGUUCUAAACAUGUAGAUAGCUGGAAAAAUAUUGCGGCUUUUACUGCCCAAGUACUUGUAACACCAACAGGUUCUGUGAUGUAGGCGGGGUUGUGGAUAUAACAUGCACCCAAAUUCACAGCAAUCCAGACCUUGACUCACUCAAGCAUUUAAGUUUGUGUAAGUUCUUCCAAAACACAAUGCAAGAAUGUGCUGAAACACGGAGGUAAAGCAAACAAACAAAAAAAUCGCCAAUAUUCAAGAGUGAGGUAAGUGCUUGUACUUUCAGCAGAAUCAGGACCAUAACAUACAUUUCUGUUUCUAACUUCAUCUCCUCCUAUAGCUGGGUCUGGGCUGCACCAGCUUUCAUAGAAAAUGUCCUUCAUGAUUCAUUGUGUUACUAGGGAGGGAGAAAAUAUGUUGAGAGGAACAUUUAGUUCCUGUGUAACUCAACUGAGUAACAAAUUCAGAACACUCAGUUACAAUUAGAAGAUAUUGUUGUUGCCAAGAUCAUAUCAUUUCAUAACUAGACUUAAUUAAAAGAGCAGUUUAGGGGCCUGGCAUCCAGCUUCUCUUAAUUCAAAGCCUUUUCCCUGAAUCUAAAUCCUGGAAGCAGCAAAGGAACAGCACCCAUUAUCCAGGGAAAACGAUGUUGUUCAGCCCUCACCAAGGCAUUACAUCUCUUUUUAAGCUUCUAAUUGCUACUCUGAUAUAGCAACAACUCCUACUGUAUAAUGAUGGGACCCACAAAACUCCACACCAUGCUGUUUUGUUUGGGGAAGUUGAUAGAUAUCCUGCUCUGCAAACCAGCUACGGAUACCAGGUGGUGUGACAGAGUCACAUGAAAACGCAAUACAGGACCCUUCCAAUUACUGGUCUGACUUGGAACCAAAACACGGUGAAUGGGUUUUGAUCACGGGCUAAAUGCAAAUUUUCUAUGAUGUUAAAAUUGCACUCAGGGGCUAAGACCUUUGCUUUGACCUAACUCUCAUUUCUUCAGAGAUUCUGCAGAUUGUUUCAAAUUCUCAUGGCAGCCCUUUUACCUCCUGGCUAUUCUCCAGCUGCUUCUCCUCUUUGAUUUUCAUCAGUUCCCCUGGUAGAGAAGCAUCACAUAAGACGGACAUACUAUUAUUUCAGUAAUGAACUCCCAUUAGUUUCAUAGGUUCAGUAUUUUAUUAUUGCAACCUACUGUUAGGUCUCCUGAAACUUGCCUUUCAUGUGUCUUUGGCAAUCUGAAGUUUCCAUCCAGUCAUUAGUAUUCAUAAUAUAAUUAAAGUUACCAGGUUUAUUAUUUAAGUCACAUAAAUUCAUUUGAGGGAAAAGUACAUUAUUUUAGGGGUAAAUUGCAAAACAACUCACUAAGCGUACUGGAUAUCCUAUGCAAAAAUUAUAGCAGAAUUAUUUAAAACUUUUAUUGGUCAAUAUUUUUUAUUUCAAACAUACCCAAACAGUAUUCUGCAGUUAUUUUGAACAAUUAAGCACAUCUGCUGAUAGAAAUUACACUCACCAUGCCCCCUCUGAUUUUAUUCCUAAUGAAAGAUUUUUUCCCUUUUUUUUUUGUUCAGAAAAUUAUUGUAAUACAUUGCAGUGAUCUAUAAAUAAUGAUGAAAACCUGGAAGGUCAAGGAAAUGAAAAGUACAGCAUAUUCCCUGAAGGAGCAUUAGAAAGUUUUUACUUCUACAAGUAAUAAAUUAUUAGCCACAUGUUAAAGUUAAAACUGAUAAAAGGCUGAUAUAACACUCACUUUUCCUAAAUGGAAACUGGUUUCAGCAUGGUAAAUUCCUAGAUAUUCUAGCACAUUUUACAGAAAGUGUUAAAUUCCUUCCUGUGAACUAUUUUGCUUCUGUAGCAAUGGCAUGGCACAAUACCUGCCAAAGCCCUAAGAAAUGGGACAAGGUUUUGAAUAUAUCAGGUGCUCACAGUGUGCACACUGGAUUCUCUGCUGGCCUCUGACAUGGGGCAUUAAACUGGAUUUUCCCAGCAGGUGAAGCACAGAGACUGAGCUGAAUACUCCUCUUUCCUUGCAGGACACCAGCAUUUAGCUCAACCAAGGUCUGCAGAACAUCCCGACUAGUUUGGGCAAACCGAUUCUUGCAUGUGGGGUACAGAUCUUAUUAGGAAGCUUCAGUUCUUAAUUUGCAAUAGUAGGAUGAAACCUAAUGCUCUAAUUUCUUUUUUUUCCCGGAUGACGAAAAUGAUACUCACAAUGAAAAGAUGAUGAAGAGAAAGAACUAAGGCAUUUCCCUUCCCCCUGUGCUCCUGUCUGUACCAUUUUACUUCUUAUAGAAGCUAGUCCUCAAAAACUUAUUUUCCCCAAAGUUUAAUGUUCUUGUAGUUCCUUUAAGCCAGUAUCUGAUCUCUGUGAAAAGCUCACACAGAGGGGGAAAAAAGCUAACCCAAAGCUACUUCACUAUAAGAGAGAUCUGCAUUCAGAAUAGUAUCAAGGAAACUCAUGUAAAUAUCCAGGCCUGGAUCAUCAGCACCAAGUAGAAGUGCUUAAGGAACACCUUAGCUGAAUAUUACAGUAGAUUCAGCAAGAGGGAUAAAAAUCCAACUCAAAUUUCAUUAUUUCCAUACUUGAUUCCUGCCAUAACUACACCAGUUAUAAAAAUCAUGCAUAUGUCUAAAAGGAAAGGGCUGUAGAAGACUCUUCAGCUGUUUCUCUUCUGAAAGUUAUAGUCUGUUAUAUCACCAGUAAUAAGUACCAUAACUAAGUAAUAAAACAUAAUCAUCCUGAAACAACACUUAAAAUUUAAAAUCUUAAAUGAAAAGGUCUACUGCUUCAUACCUGACAAUUUUGUUUAAAAAAAAAAUUUUAGGACUUAAUGUAUUAGCGUAGAACUCCAUACAUGCAUAUAAUAAAGUCAUAACAUCUUCCAAAAUUUCCUGAUUGCCAGUUCUAGCAUUCAGCCAAAUAUUAGUUACUCAGACACUAGCUAUGACUCAACAGGUUUUAUCUUGCCUUUUUCAAAAUAACCUCAUCAGCUUUCAAGAAACUGUGACUAUUCUCAGUAAGAGCAAAUGGAGUGAUACAGAAUUUUUCUUCUGCCUGAAGUUAAAGCAGAUAAGGUACAAUUUAUAUUGACCUUGCAGGGCAAUAAAGCCCUCACAACGCUUCUGUGAGAAUCCAAUGACGUUUCACUUCAUUUCAGACAAACAGCAUGAUCAUUUGCUGACGUUCCACCAUUUGCCUUUAACUCCACAUCCAGGUCCACAUCACUUCCCAUGCAGACAGGACACAGACCAAGUACCUUCCUAGUUCCACAGCUUCUUUUGUUUUCACCUGCCCACUUUGGAACCCCACAUCAGGAAUUGUUCCUUUGCUAUACAAAAAGCCAACCCGUUAAAGAAUUUUCUUAUGAAAAUUCAUAACCUUAAAGGUACCGUGUGACAAAUACUAAAGAUAAUUGGAUUGCACUCAUGAACAGAAAAUACUAAUAAAACAAAGGACAUGCUUUUAUGUCCUUCAAUCAACAGGUCUUGUACUGUCCUUUAAGUGUCUUACAUCGUCUUUUAAAAAAAUAUCCAUUAAAAUUUUCUAAUUAAAAUUUCACUUGCAAAUCACUGUUCUUGAAAUAACCUCACCAGAACAACAAAGCAGGUAACAAUCAUAAAACUUUAUGCCUUGGGGAUCUACUUCUCCAAAUUAUUAAGUUUUCAUUAGUCUGAUGUUUUACUUUUACCUAGCUAUCCUGAAGCUUUCCUAACUGCCUAGUUCCACACCAAAUUAGUUAGAGCUGUUGUAACUCUGAGAGACUUUUAUAUGAGAAUUUCACAAAAAUAAUCUCAGCUCAAAGACAACAAACACCAGGAAAUAUCAAAGCUUCAGAGGGACAAAAGAGCUAUGAGCUACUCGUGAUUAAAGAAAAAAAGAAUUAUUACACAGUUCAGCAAAGAUACUGCAGGAUUUAGUACAGUCAUUUCCAGAGUUGAUAAAGAUAAUGCUAUCAGCUCAUUAAGGUGUAAGUAUGCAUGCUUAAACAAAUUAAACUAAUUUCAUACUGAUACAAAGAUACCUAAGGGAAAUUGAAGGUCAAAUAGAUUUAUGCCAUAAGUGGUUCAGAGAUUGUGAAAUGUUCUAACAGAAUUUAAAACUGCAUUUUGUCUACAGAAUUUUGCAUUUCUGAAUAAAACUGUAACCAAGGGUCCAUUCCUCAGAGUUAUUACACAAGUGGCAUUAAAAAAAAACCCCAAACAAACAAACAAAAACCACAGAAAUGCAUUUCAAGAGCAAGAAUAUUGGAGGGAACACUACACAGAACGAAAGAUAAAUCAGUUCCAAAUUAUUUCCCAAAAGAGCAAAAUAUGUCAGUAGAAUAGGUUUGCUGGUCUUUAAUCACUGUUUGUUGAAAUAACAGCAAAUUAAAGGCCCAUUUUUGCAGGUUGUCGGAUAUUCGGGUGAGCUGCAAAGUGCCUCUGGCUUUGUGAAAGUCUAUAAAGUUUGAAUCACCCAGUAUACUGAAAACUCUAAGAAGUGCAACUAAAUAUUAUGAUAGUGAAAUUUUAUACUUGACUAUACUUUAUUUUAUUGAAGUAACAUAGGUUCUGACUGGUUUUAGAAAAGACCUCUAUGUUUCACUCCGCUUGCUUCUGUGCCUGAGCUUGGGAUACCAAAGAAAAAAAGAAAAGCAGCCUAGAUGUGGUGUAGAUCAGUAUCACUCUUAAAAUCCAUAGAUUUAAUCCAACUUACCACAGCUGAGAAUAAGGCUGUAAGUACUUCUGCAUUGCUGCAAUAUGUUCACUGUCAUUCUCUUCCUUCAUCAAGUGAUUCUGAAAUGUAAAAAAAUCAAUCAGAAAGCUGAAGAGAAAGAUCAACCUCCCUUUUACCACCAACCAUGAUCAACACUCCAGGCUUCACAAGUUUUGUUGGACUGUGAUCCCUGCAACCUCUUGACAAGAACUGCAAACCCAGACACAAACACAAGCCUUUGUAUUUCCAUUCUUAGCUAUACUCCUACCACUGCCUGUUGUAGUUUUAUAUAUAUGUCAAUCUUCCUACAAAAACUGACCGUGCACUCUCUGAAACGGCUACACUGAAUGCUCCCAACCACCCGCAUUUCCAAAAGGGAGGGAGUUUCAUAAGACCUUCGAAGACUUCCAGUGUGGCUGAUUCUGGGUAGGAAACUGGAACAAAAGGGAUGCAAUUCUUGAUUCACCCCAUUUCCAAUAGAGAGAAGAGGGGCCACCAAAGGGUCUCUAAUACCAAGGAAUAUCCCAACCUGUAACCCACUAUUACACAAUUGUUGUGUUCCUGUGCAUGGGAGAGAAUACACUCCAAUUAUAACUACAAGGAGGUGCUGAGCCUGCUCCUUAAGGGCAUGCUCAUUUGAGAGAAAAGCUGGCAUAGUCAUAGCUGUUUGCUCAACUCUGGCUAAAAAGCAGCACUGAGGACUGCCAAUAUUUAUGUGAUUCUCUCAUUUUAUUCAGAGAGCAAGAACAACCAGCCAAAAAUCUUAGGGCGCCCUGAACAUAACAAGACAGCAAUAGCACUCAUUUCUCCUGACCGCUUUUCUGCUGAAUAAUCAAGCUUGUAUUAGUUUUGGAAGUUUUCGUCUUCCAGGAUGUGGUGGGUAAGUCAAGUGGCUUUUAAGCUGAAGACUCUGCACAGAGCUUAACCCUGCCAAAAUUUAUGUAUGGGAAUUGUCCCAAGGAACUGUAUUUGCAUGACUGAGUCUCAUGAGAUAGCAUGGAAGCUGGCCUAGAGGAACAAGUCCUAAUGGAGGUUUUUCCUCAGGGAACCUGUGGGUUUGCUCAUAAGAAAUUACUCCAAUUUCCACAGCUCACUGGCUGCCACAGAUACAGUUUCCUCUUUCUUUCUUUCUUUCCAUUCAUGCCUUUUGUGCUGCAUGGGGGCAAUCCAUUUUUUAUUCAUAGGCUUUAGGAGGAUCACUAAAUACUCUGUGCCAUGGCAGACAGUUUUUAAGCUAACAUCUCCCCAGCUGUGACCUGCAGUUGCACAUCUGAGGAGUGAAGUGUAUCUUUGUAACAUUGCAUUGGCCUCCCUCCCAAUACAGUCACUCCGUGUACUUCUACUGACUGAAGAAAAUUAUUGAAGAAGCAUCUUAUCAACAUAUGCGCCAAAUGUCCAGAUGAGUGUAACUAAAUCUGCAGGAACAUCGCUCUGGUGUUGAGCCAAUAUUAAGACAUCAGUGUUCAGGAUUUUCUCCCACUCUUCCAGUCCAUCAGGGAAGUGAAGCGCAUAUGGACAGAUGAUGUGCUCGCUCUUCAGGGGCUGCGUUCCAGCUCUGUUCCAGCCAGAUCUGAGCCUAAGACUAGGGGCCAAACAGGACCCCCACAGUCAAGUCACUGUGCUGGUCCCCUUCUUAUUUAACAUCUUCUUGAUUUUGUUACUGCCUUCUGAGACAAACACUUUGUAUUAUCACAAGACAGCUUUAAGAUAUGCUUCUAAUACUGUUAUACAAAUUACUAAGUUGAAAAAAGGAAAAUGCUCCAGUGAUUCAGCUCUUCUUGUCUCUGGGACCUCUGUCUCUUCAACGUAUGAACUACCAAAUCAGAAUUCACUUAACCUGACACUGAUGGCUCACAGAGAGGCCUCCAGCCUACGAAACCCCAUAGCAGACCAUGAGUACCCUGCCUCUGAAUGUUGCUUUCCAAGCCAAAACAUCAUCCCAUUUAUAAUUAACAGUGAUGAUUCGCAUCGUACAAAGACAAUUCAGCAUGAUUAAGUCUCUGCCUGCCCCCAACUUUCUGAUAGUUAAGACCCCACCUCAAAAACACUUUGUAAAGGCCCGACAUUGAAUCCUGGGCUGCCCUGGAUGCUCUCCCAGAGGUCCUCACACCUUCUGUCUGACAGCCAUCUAGUGGUACCUGCACUACUUCGCAAGGUAAAGGAGCAGCUAACUCAGUGCUCAGGCAGAUGGGUCCUCCCUUUCCUGUCAGAGCUAGAAGCUGUUCUGGAAGGAUGGAAUUUAUACUAUAUACUUCUGUCAUUUUAUUUAUUUGCCAUUAUCCUAUAAAACAUUACUGUG